AUGGCAAACCGGGGCUACGACGUGGUAGUCGAUGUGGACGCCGAGGGUGACCUGGGCCACACCGACCUGCAAGAGGACCUUGAAUUCCACCACUCAAACUUCGAGCACGACCAACGCAGCGCGAAGAUGCAAGCAGCGUCGACGCCCUUCCUCAGCGGCGGCGGCGGCGUCGGGGGGAGCAGCACAUCGCGCGGCGGCCGGGACCGAUCACCGGGGGGCACGCCGACGAAACACACGUGGUGGACGAUCCACUACUACGCGCAGUACUUCGACGUGGACACGAACGAGGUGCUGCGGCGGUGCAUGGCGACGCUGUACCCGCGGAACAACUUCCUGGAUGUGCUGGAGGGGAACGCGGACCUGUACGGGCCGUUCUGGAUCGCGACGACGGUGGUGGUGAUCCUGUUUCUGACGGGCACCAUCUCGCAGUGGCUGUCCAACAACGACGACGCGCACUUCGCCUACGACUUCACGCUGCUGUCCGGCGCCGCGGGCCUGGUGUACGGGUACACGGGCGUCAUCCCCAUCGCGCUGUGGGGCCUGCUGAAGUGGUUCGGCAGCUCCAGCGCGGAAUUGGUUGAGGCGUGGGCGCUCUACGGGUACUCCAACCUCGUUUGGAUCGCCGUCGCGCUUGUCAGCUGGAGCCCGCUCACGGCCUUGAACUGGGCGCUCGUCGGCGUCGGCUUCGGCUGGACUGUCUUCUUCCUGCUCCGGAACUUGUACCCUGUGCUCAGUGCCACGGAUGCCAAGGCUAGCAAGAUUCUCUUGGUUUUGGUGGUGCUGCUGCAUGCUGGGUUUGCGUUGGCGAUCAAGAUCUUGUUCUUUGCGUAA